AUGUCGCGGCCAACGAAGAUAAAAGCAGUCUUCUUUGACUUCAUGGGGACAUGCCUUGAUUGGCACAGUAGUGUCGUGCAGGCUCUACCCCCAGCUAUCCCCAAAGCCGAAGCCUCCAAAUUCGCUCUUGAAUGGCGGCGACGUUACUUCAUCGCCAACAGUGAGCGCCUUGCCCAAAAGCUUGAGCCCGAAGAUAUAGACGACACGCUCAUUCGCGUGCUUGAUAACGUGCUGGAAGACUCACCAGAGUAUAAGCAGCACUUCAAUGCGCCAAUCAAACAACAAUUGAUUACUGCCUGGCAUUCUCAGCCAGCUUGGCCAGAAGUUGGAAAGGCAAUUCAGUCGAUCCGAGAAGAUCUUGGUCUGGAAGUCUUUGUUCACGCCAACGGUACAACACGCCUGCAGCUCGACCUAACUCGCUUCGCUGGGCUCAAUUUCAACAUGCUCUUCUCCAGCCAACUGUUGGGUACGUACAAGCCAGAUCCCGAGGCGUACAACAAGGCUUUGCGACUCGUCAAGCUUAAGCCUGAAGAAGUUGUGUUGGUUGCGGCUCACGCAUAUGAUCUGAGAGGAGCUCAAAAUGUCGGAAUCAAGACGAUUUACAUUCAUCGUUGGACGGACGAUGUUGAUGAGGAUAUGGACAAGGUGAAGGGAGAGUUUGGUGCCUUUCUGGAGGGGAUGGAAGAGUUGCCUGCCACAAUUGAGAGAAUGCAAUCUUGA